AGGAUCAGCUGCUAAAAGUAUUAAUUACCUCACAUAUGCGACGUUUCUUUCUCUGCGAAACUCGGCCAACACACGUUUAUUAUCCGUAUAUAUAUAUAUAUAAUAAUAAAUUUUUAUCUGCAUACAGAAAGUGUGAAUGAACGAGCGCCGUGACGUACGUACAUCGAUCGAUUGCCUUAAAAUAACCGCGGCGUGUUUUGAACCCUGCCAAUCGCACUGCGUGUAUACAUAAUUCGCGUCAUAGCGACGUCGCUGAAUCGGGGUUGAGGCAGGUCUUUUCGUUCUCCCCGAAAAUCCUCGGCUACGACGCCGCCGGCGAAGAGGACGAGGACAGCCGGCUUUUUGCUCACUUCGAGACCGGUCCCGGGGCUUCGGAGGGCUUGGAAGCUGCGCAUGAGGAGCCGGCAUCCGGUCGGCUCAAGUAAAACAUCCCAAAGCGACCCCGUACGCCGGGGGUAAAUCCGUCACGACGGCCGAUGUCAGGAUGCCGGAGCAAAGCAACGACUACAGGGUGGUCGUCUUCGGGGCCGGUGGGGUCGGCAAGAGUUCCUUAGUAUUGCGUUUCGUCAAGGGGACAUUCCGGGAGUCGUACAUACCCACCAUCGAGGACACCUACAGACAGGUGAUAAGCUGCAACAAAAACAUUUGCACGUUACAAAUCACAGACACGACUGGAUCACAUCAGUUUCCAGCAAUGCAGCGGCUCUCCAUAAGCAAAGGUCACGCCUUCAUCCUCGUUUACUCAGUUUGUUCGAGGCAAAGUCUCGAGGAGCUGCGACCAAUCUGGGCAGUGAUCCGCGAGCUGAAGGGUCAGGACGUGUCUCAGAUACCGAUUAUGCUGGUGGGAAAUAAGUGCGACGAGAGUCCUUCGGUCCGCGAGGUGUCGAUGAGCGAGGGGGCAGCGGAGGCGGCAAAUUGGGGUUGCGGCUUCCUCGAGACCUCGGCGAAGACGAAUCACAACGUGAACGCGCUCUUUCGGGACUUGUUGACGUUGGAAAAAAAUCGCACGGUAUCCCUGCAGCCGGUUCAGAGCAACAACGCGAUAAGCCUUAAGGAGAAAUGUGCCGUUAUGUAAUUAAGUUGUAAAUCGCAUUGCAAUGAUUAUACGCAAACGUUAGACACACAUGAAAAACCGCCGUGCGUAUAUGUAUGCGUAAAACGCGUUGCAACGAAGAAACGAACCCUGCGAUCCACCCCCGGAUCAUCGGUUACCGAAGCCGUUUUCUUCGCCGUCUAGUUUAUAACUGUAUAAAUUAUUUCAUUUACCCCGCGGAUUUAAAUAACACUUCGAAUCUCGCGAGCUUCGCGACUAAUCGUAAGCAGCGAAUAACUAUAAGUAUAGUCUAGGUUGAGGUAGGCUCGCGACUUUAUAGGUAUACACAAAGGAUGAAUUAUUC